GGACGGAAUUUGGCAGAACUUAUGCACAAGGGCUUACAGUACAUCGAGUACCACUUCACAGUCCCAAAGUAGACAGGUACCUUACAUUGGCCAAGGUGAUCUAGACUACAGCUAGGGACCUUGGAAGGUGAUUUGAUAGCACAAACACGUGCAUAUGCCGAAAAAACCCAGCCCAACCCAAACUCUGAUAAUACAACCAAAAAUCCUUACACCCCUCCACCAAUCUCCCGAGAUUGGCGUCAGUUUCUGCAGCCAUGUCCUACAGUGGCAGCUACUACAGGCCGUCUCUAAAGAACAGCGUCGAUGUGCAACUCCAAAACGCAUUCGGAGAUGGAAACUGGGCGACCGUUGUUCGUUUGGCCGAUAAAAGGGCCAAGGCCACGAACGACCCCUACUUCGAGGUAGUAAAAGCGUGCGCAGCCACGCAGCUGGAAGGGCCACUUGAAAGACAUGCGGCACUGGUCUCCAUCGACAGCUUCGUCAGGAAAGGCACGGUUCUCAAAGAUGCCGAUGCCUUGGAGCUAUACGAGUGGGCACUCAGGGACUUGGCUGGACUCUUCAGCUAUAGCCAAACUCUAGGUGCUAUGAGGUCGCGAUGGGUCAAAGUGAACCCGCGCAGUCCAGCAGCACUUCAAUGCCUGAGGGCCUGCAUCCAGAACUGGGACCUGGUGAAUGCCCAGCAGAUCGCAGCAAUCCUGGAUAAAACGCCUGGGGUUCAGCGGCAGUUCAUGUACUGGAACAUCGUCCUAACCUACAUGCUUUCUAAUAGCGAGCAAUGUCCCAAGGAGAAACAGAAGAUAUAUGGCAUGCUGGCCAUGAAACAGCUUGAACGGGCAGCGGAGCUAACUGAGUCGAACCCCAACAAGAGCAACGAGGACAAACAGAGCAAGCUGUCGGAUAGGGGCCUCCGAACAGACGAAGAAAUAGUAUUUUAUUAUCGAUUACUCGCCAGUCAGAGUGCCCCUGCAGAGUUUCUUGCCCACAUGAGAAGCCCGGUUCUUGGAGCAUUGAAGCAAUUUGAGGAGGGGCGCAAACACCUACUGAUGGAAGCACUUAAGACGUUCGAGAAACAGCAACAAUGGGCUGCAAUUUUCGAGUUUUGUUUGCAUGCUUUGAGCAAAGAAGAGAGCGACGGAUCACCUUCAUUCCUUGCUGCUGAUUUGGUUAUAUGGAAAAGUCUUAUAAGUGCGGCAGCGAAAAUGUCGAACCCGGAAGAAAGCCUCAGCUUAGUACAAAGCCGCCUUGUGGUGUUCGCUUCUGCAAUGAAAUCGCAGAAGGUACCCCCUAUGUAUAGGAAAAACAUCGGACUUGCGCUUCUUGAGCUUACAUUCAAGACCGAAGGCAGCGGGUGGUUUGAGUCCGGCUCAAGUAACCCAAUGAGUACGCGGGUGGCGCAGCUCGGACUCUUCCUCCAACAGUACGGGCACGAGAUAUCAGCAUUUGACGAUGUGAAAGGAUUCAUCGAAGUGUUGAGCUUUGAAGAGACUCGCUGUUUGUUGGACGAGGUACUGAUGAAGCGCAUUUAUACGAAGCAUCACUCGCCUCAUAUCGCAACACUAUACGUCAAGCUACGAUAUCACCUAACCACCUCUCCACACUCGGUGUUCCACGAUUAUAGUGAAGCCAAGGAAUCUGGAGAACGCCUCAAAAAAACCCCGACUCGUUGCAAAUACUGCUCCGCCGUGCUGCCUGGCAAAGUAUGUCAAGACUGCAUCCGUCAAGUUGCGAAAGUGGCGAUGGAGUUGCACGCGGUAAACAGCCGUAAGCAGGCCGAUGAGACCCCGAAUACGGAUAGAGACCCUACCAUCGAUCUCGCCCUCGUGGCCGCCAUGUGCCUUCUCAAGCUCUCUGGGCUAGAAUCUUCUAAUCUUCACCUUCCAGUACAACAUCAAGUAGACUUCAGCCUUUUCCUCCAGGCAGUGGCCAUUCUCGACAAUCAGCUGCAAAAGACCCCAGACCAGCCGCCUCUUCGAUUACUUCUCUCGAGGCUGUACAUCGUUCUUGGCUGCGCAUCCUAUUCUCAUCAGAUAUGGCUGCCACUAGGGGUAAAAAGAACAAUCCACGACUCUCUCAGCCCACUUUUCUUUGAUCGCAUAUCGACAAUAUCACCUGGACUAUUUGUGGGUUCAAGACCGCCAAUGGAACCACUGAGGACGUUCUACUCGUAUACUCUGCGAGAUCCGUCCCCCGUCAAAAUCUGGGAUGCUUUCGAUUCCGGGAGCUACAGCUCGGUUCUGGAGAUCACGGAUUAUUGUGAGAGGCUUCGUCACAGCUGCACCCUCAUCAUGACAGUUGUCGAGGAGCGUCGCGUAGCUCGAGCUCUAGGAGGACGCCUUGACAACCUGGAGGAUAUUUCCUUCCUAGGUGAGAUUUACGACCAUACAACUCUUUUCACAACUCUUGAUGUAGGAUCCGUCAUGAAUCUCGAAUCAUCCCAUACGCCAGCCCCACUAGAACAGCUUGGUGUAGGGCCGCCACCUUCGAAUACCCGUUCGCACCUUGAACUGCUUGCAGAAAAAUUCCUACAACUGUGCGAUUUCACACCGUCCAAGGACUACAAGCCAGCAAAGCCAGCUAUCGUAGCUGAACAAGAACUGCGGUAUAUACUGGAGACACUGACUUCCCUUCACGAAUCGUUCACCAACUUUUUGCAUCUGGGCGACACGUCUGCUCACUUGACCCGUGCAGAAGAGGCCUAUUACACAAUCUUGACGUUGUGGUCUGGCUUGAUGUCCAUUGCGGUAUCAACAAGCCGCUCAGAAGAUCUCACCUUGACUGCGCCAGAACUCAUGUCGGCCAUACUGGCCACCGUUUCAACAAUGAAGGAGCUGGCUUUCAGCACAUCACUUCCCAAAGGCCGAAAGUCCACCAUGCUCCAGAUUAGCAGCCCGCAUGCGGCUGCCCUGUUGCGUGAGACUGCGGUAGCUCUCAAGAGCGGCGCAUCAUUUGUGCUUUCGCUUCAUGAACAGGCACAGGCGCGAGACCGAUCGGGUAAAAGCAGUCUGCACAAGGACGUCGUGGCACAGAUGAAAGAGAUGGCGAAGGUUGCGACAGAGGUCCUAAACCAGACUAGAGAUCACUUCAAGUUCCUCAAGUCCGAGUUGGGGGAGACGGGGUGGCUGGAUGAUGUCGUCAACUUGACGAUAGGAGAGAGCGACGACCUGGCUGCGGCGGUUCUGGCUACUGCGGGCGGCCGCGCCAAUGUGGAGAAUUGGGCCGGCAAGAUGCUUGACAGUUGGAGGGAGGGUGUCAAGGGAUGGAUUAUGGUAAAGACGGACUAACCAAAACAAGCAAGUCCGGCACAGGCUGUUGAAGAGUGAAGUUCCCUAGGGACAUAGUAAUUAAAUCACGGGAGAACAAAGAAGAGCUAGUGUCCCAAUACUGAUUGAAAUUGGAGUAACAGUUCCAAAGUACUCCAAGCUCCAAGAGGGGAUGGUAGAACAGGGGACUAGAAAAAAAAACUUUAACUUGAAGGUUUAUGCGGAA